AUGCCGGGGACCACAGUCUCGGAGCCUCCUUCGGUAUCUCUCUCGUUCGCGAACAACUUCUGGGGCAAAGAUGACGCAGGCGUGUCUCCGCUCCUUGAUCGCAUGCACAAUGCCAAAGUCACUGGCGACGAACUGAAAGCCUUCUAUACCGCGCGCGCCGCAAUCGAAGAUGAAUACUCACGCAAACUCCUCAACCUUUCCCGCAAGCCGCUCGGCUCCUCCGAAUCGGGUACCCUCCGAAUGUCUCUCGAUGUCGUCCGAGGCGAAAUCGAAUCCAUGGGCAAGGCGCAUCAGAAUAUUGCUGGUCAGAUGAAGAGCGAGCUCGAGGAGCCGCUGGCGGCGUUCGCGGGAGGGAUCAAGGAGCGGCGGAAGAUCGUACAGUCGGGUAUCGAGAAGCUACUCAAGGUCAAGAUGCAACAGACUGCUGCCGUAAACAAGUCGCGCGACCGGUACGAGCAGGACUGCUUAAAGAUCAAGGGUUACCUAGCCCAAGGACAUAUGGUUAUGGGUCAAGAGGAGCGCAAGAACAAGGCCAAGUUGGAGAAAACCCAGAUCCAACUCUCAAAUACCAGCAGCGAGUACGAAGCAGCGGUCAAGGUGCUCGAAGAAACGACUGGAAGAUGGAACCGAGAUUGGAAGGCAGCAUGCGACAAAUUCCAAGACCUCGAGGAGGAGCGGAUAGACUUCAUGAAGAGCAGUCUCUGGAACUUUGCCAAUAUUGCUUCGACCGUCUGCGUGAGUGACGAUCAGGCUUGCGAAAAGAUCCGCUUGUCUCUGGAAGACCUCGAAGUGGAGAAGGACAUCUCGAACUUUAUCAAGGAAGCUGGAACAGGGCAGGAAAUUCCUGAUCCUCCAAAGUUUAUCAACUUCUGCCGCGGGGACCUGGAUGAUCAUGGCUCCGAGGCUGACGCAGACGAGAACUACUCCGUGGCUCAGUUCCAGCGAACGAUGAAUCCAGCGUUCAGGAGCUCCUCACCACAGCCGUCGACAUUCGAGUCCCACCACGAUCCCGAAAAUGCUCUCGCUAAGGAACUGAGCCACAGAGAUCCUCAACCUGCGCCUGUCCAGGACACUCUUCCAAGCCAGCAGCAGCGGCCAAGAGCGCAAUCUCGUGCUCAGAGUGAUGCUCGUAUGCAACCGCCAAGCCAACCCCGGCUCCACCAGGAGCAGUAUAACGAUAUUCCCAAAGUACCUCACAAUGAGUAUCCAAUGGAUGGCAUGACCCAGUUCUGUCGAAUCGGCCCACCAUCUGAGCGAAGUUCUGUGGCUAGUCCUGUGCGUCCAUCGAGCCGAGAUUCGCAGAGCGAGUACUCCAACCCGACUUCGUUCUCCAGCUUCGAGCCUCCAAGCGGAGCCCAUUCGCCUGUAAAGGAGAGUGGUCCGACUCCUCUGGACGAUUCCGUCCAAAAGAAGAAGAGCGGGUUCUUCAACAGUCCGUUCCGUCGGCGCAGCAAGCAUGAAAAAGAGACACCCCAGAUCAUGCCACCCUCUAGCCGUAAUACAUGGGCACCGAUGUCGCGCAAUGCAGCUCCCGACAACAUCAGUCCUACCCGUCAAUCGGGUCGCCCAGUGUUUGGCCGCGACAAGCCUUCACCUUCACCUGAGCCUGUUGACCCUCGAGCGAACUUUCAGCUCAACGUAGGCAACAACGUCUUCGACGUCGCCUCCCCUGACGCGCGUAAACCCGUGCGCUCGAACACGGAACCCGCCAACGAGGAACUUGACCCAGUCGCUCAAGCACUCGCUGAGCUCAAAGGGGUCACCAAGCAAUCUUCGGUUCGCAUGUCAGCUGACCGAUACCACGGCCUUGCUACACCAGCACCACCGGGAACACCCAGCAAUGGCUCCGGCGCAUCAGCAACGCCUACAAACGGUAUGCCAACACCUCUCUCCACCCUAGGAAACGGCGUCCUCAGCGCCGCCAAACGCGGUACGCCCCCUCCAUCCUACGCCUCCGAUCAACCCAUCAGCCGUCUCGGCGCACCGCAACCAGCACACACGGCCCGAGCGAUGCAACAAACGACGCAAAAAUACAUCAACCAGAACCGCGACAUGUUCAACUCGCCCUCACGGCCCCGCCAAGCCCCACCCACCAUAGACGCACGCACGCCUUCCCGUCCCCCCACCCGCGGCAACAGCGCCCAACAAAGCCAAGAGAUCAUUCCUCGAGCCACCAGCCCAGCACCUCUGCGCGCCGCCUCUCCCCGCCCCGGUCUCCAGCAGUCCUCGUACCAGCGCGCUCCGUCACCGAAUCCGUACGCCAGCCCCGCGCCCCUGAACCCGCGCGCCCCGUCGCCGAACCCGUACAGCGCGCCACCCGUCGGCGCCGCGCGCCCACGAGCCCAGUCCUCGAGUCCCGUCAAGCCGCGGCAAGACUACAACGCAUACAACCCCCACGGCGGGUCGCAGGGCGUUGUGCCGAGAGCUGUUUCGCCCCAGCCAGCAUACGGGAGCCGUCCCGGGACGAGAGGCGGUGCGGUCAGUCCUGCUCCGGCUCCGGCGUUCGCGCGGCAGGAGCGGCCGGGUAGUAGUCGUGGGAGCGAUAUGGGCGGUAUGGCGCUGCAGCUUGCGCCUGGCCCUGGGGAGUACGGUGGUGGUGGUGGGAGGCCGCAGAGCGGUGGGCGCCAGGAUAGUAGGUAUCAUGGCGGCGGCGGCGAGUUUGGGUAUGGAGAUCCUGCGGCAGGUCAGGUGGGGAGAGUCAGGAGUAAGAGUGUUGUGGCGCCGGGCGAGUUUUCUAGAGAUGGGAGGAAGAUUUUGCAUCAUGCGAGGGCUAUGUAUAUGUACCAAGCUCAGAUACCCGAGGAGCUGGGUUUUGCGAAGGGCGACAUUCUCGCCGUACUCAGGCUGCAAGAUGACGGUUGGUGGGAGGCUGAAGUUGUAGGGAAGGCUGGCCGGUCGGGACUGGUGCCCAGCAACUAUCUGCAGCGGUGCUGA